CCGGAUAGAGUGGGGUAAACAGGCGCGGCGCGGACUAGGGGAGAGGGGUGAGCUGAUGUGGCAUGAGAGAGGAUAUGGAGGUGAGAGGACUUGCCGAUGACUGGUACCAGCGGUGUGAAGAUCGAUCUCUGCGGGACGCUGCCGAGAGGCUAUAGCCCUCAACAACGGAGGAGCGACGCUCGCAACAACGAGCGGAGCGCCAGGCGGCAAAAGUGUAGCGAAUUGGCACAGUGGGCAGCACAGAUGGUGCGUCUGUAAUCUCGGCCGGUCAUCCCAUAAAACCUGGGUCUACUCCGUGACCUGCCAGCGAGCCUUCGACACUUCAUGUGGCUCUAAAGUGCACCUAGCCUGGCACGAGCUUUGUGGUGAUGCCCACGCCACUUUGUGGCGAAUGGCGGCUGUUCUGGUUGUCUGUUACCGGUCCGCGUGAGUUUUAUUGUGUCGUCUUUGUGUACUUGUUUACACGGCUGUGUGAAUUUGUGUUGUCUUUUUACGUGUUGCUGUGUCAAUUUGUCGUCUGUUUUUUUGUCUUUUGUAUGUACGAGUGUCUUUGUUUUUCUGUCUGCAUGCGUGUGUACGUCUUUUGUGUGGUUAUCUAUGAACGUGUGUCUUUUGUACGUACAAGUGCCUUUGUCUUAUAUGUUUGCGUCUUAAGUUGUUUUCUGUGUGCGUGUAAAUUGUAUUUUUGUAUGUUUGAGUGUCUCGUCGUAUACAUUACUGCAUGUGUAUUGUAUCCGAGUGUGAAUGUUGUUUGGGUGAACGUGUCUUUUGUAUGUGUAUUGGUGUGGCGUUAUGGCUGCAAGUGUGCGGGGGGUUGUCUUUGUAUCCGGUCUAUUGUGUACAUUUGAAGUCAUGUGGGUGUGUAUUAGAAUACAUAGGUGUUGUAUUAACAUAUGCGUCUCACGGCUGUAACUGGGGCUCGCUCACAAUAUCUGCCCUGUCUGGCUUUCAUGGGGCAGCUUUGACCGUAUGCAGAUGGGUGGAGAGCUGUUGGCACACUGCGCUGUGAUCUUAGCUUCCCCAGGAAACCGAUGCCGCACGGAAAACCUUAAGCGGCGCCAGCCCGACAGCUCGGGACGGAGGGAGGUGGAGGAGGUGGAGGAGGACGGGGAGAGAGCGGCAUGGGGCAGUGCGUGGAGCGGUGCAGGCGGGACUCCCGUAAUUCGCCACAGACGAGAGCCAAAAAUGGCAAGGGCGUUGGUGGUGGCGCGGUGUCGGGAGGCAAGCUGGCGUCUCAGGGUGGUGGCGCUGCCAGCCCGGCAGAACGAGCGCCGUGCCCCGACAGAGCCGUGGGCACGGCGCCCUCGCGUGGAGUUCCGUCAUGUAAAGAUCCCGGAGAAUAUCCGACAGCGGACACCAAAGAUGGAGCAGAAAGCGUGGGGAUUAAGGUGGAGUCGGGCGUUCUCAUCUCCGCGCUGGAGGAGCAGGAGUACUCGGAGCAACGCAUCGCCGAGAUGUUCCUGCGCUACCGCGACGCCCGGGAGGACGCCGUGCUCGCCGAUGGCAUGGAGCGGUUCCUUGCCGAUCUCCACGUGGAGCCCGCAGACUUCGUAGUGCUGGCGCUCGCGUGGAAGUUCCAGGCCGCCACUAUGUGCCGCUUCUCCAGGGAGGAGUUUGUGGGAGGUUGCCGAGCACUGCGUGCCGACAACACCAAAGCCAUACAGACUCGCUUUCCCGAGCUCAUGUCCGAGGUGCAGACGGAGGAGAACUUCAAGGAGCUCUACCGCUUCACCUUCAACUUUGGCUUGGAUGCCGAGGAGGGACAGCGCGCGCUGCCAUGUGAGAUGGCGAUCGCGCUGUGGCGGCUGGUGUUCUCCCAGGAUCCACCUCACAUCCUGAGCCGCUGGCUCGAGUUUCUGUUGGAGAACCCAGCAGGCAUUCGUGGAGUGUCGCGCGACACGUGGAACAUGUUCCUCAACCUGGCGCAGACCGUCGGCUCAGACCUGAGCUCCUACAGCGAGGACGAGGCGUGGCCCAGCCUCUUCGACGCCUUUGUCGAGUGGGAGCUGGAGAGGAGGCGGCGGGGAGAGAGCGGUGGCGGGACCUUGCCCGGCGGGCUUGACGAUGGGGGUGGCGAUGACGAAGGCGAUGACGAAAAGCGGGAGGAUUGUGUCGUGGGCGGGAAAGCCGACCCCUCAGGCAUUGGCCUGCAGCAGGGAUGAGCUGCAUCAGGGAAGGUCUGUUAUUCCAUUGGUUGUCCUCGAUUGCGGAAAUUACACGCGGAGGAGGGGAAGUUAAAAACUACCAUCCCUUUACACAAACGUGGCGCUGUCGCACAGGUUACACUACACACGGUGGGUUUUCAGUAGCGACGGUACCAUCGGGGCAUGGCGUAAGCCGCCCCUUCGGCACCGCCGGGUUCCCCCGUGUGUCCUUGCACUGCCCAUGUGGCCACGAUGUCCGAAUUCCCGGGUAGACGCCCUUCACCGCAGAAGCGCAGACGUGUCUCGUCCCUGUGCUCACAAACGCAGUUCCACCACUUGGUGCUAAGUGAUCAAUUUGGACAAAGGCAUGAGGAUAAUACAAACGAAAUUGUCCUUUGUAAUUCUUUAAGGAGACGUCCGGCUUGCAAUGGCAGCCGCAGACCGCAUGUCUGUAUAAGUAACAAACAUUCUGCGAAGAACUGUUUGAUUUUGAUUUUUACUGCGUAGCGAGACGAUAUUGCAUCGUUGUUCAUCUUUCUUGAAACCUCAAAAUACCAAAAGUGGCCAUCGGGAACUAAAAGUGCUCGCCGAAAAGGAAUCUGUCCACAAAUCACUUGCGUUUGAUGGAAUUUGAACGCAGUAAAGUGACAUGCAGUUGAUUGCAAUUUCCCCUUUCCUUUUAAAAAAAAAACACACUUGGCUUCUGGCAUUCUUGCCGAGGCCACGCACUAGAGUGGGGGACAUUUUUACCCACAGGUGAUUCUCUCUCACUGCAAAUGUGAAGUUGCACAUAUGCCUUCGAAGGUAUGCAGGUUGACAGCUUUUGUUUUUCGUAGCAUAAAUGUACAUUGGCUGGAUGUUGAUAGUGCACAUCGGAGGAGUGUUUGUGCUUCGCAGUUGGCGCAUGGUGGCGAGUGUUAAGGGUUUUUGACCGUUUUUUUGCUGGAUUUCGUUGUGCACGUCACGAGUGGUGAUCUGGGCUUGCAGAGUGUGGCUGGGGCUGGGUGCCGAAUCGGCCACACAGUUUACGAUUUUUAUGUACCAGGUGCGUUUCUAAACCUGAAUGCACAUGUUUUGUAUGCGAGACUUUUGCUGUUGGUGGCGGCGGAUGCUGCCGUGUUAAACUUGAACUUUGUAUUGACGUUAAGCAUUCUUUUUUUUGUGUGUGUCGCUUAACGUCGCUGUUGGCUUGAGUAGAAUUCAUGUCCAAAAUUCAGUUCGAGAAUUAAAACAAGAAAAACAAACCUUUGGUAAAAGUCCAGCCGCACUGUUCUUUCAUAGGUUUUUGUAUUUAUAUUUAUUUUUUAAUAUAUUUCACGUUGUUUGGAAUUCUGGUUGACCUAACGAGUCCAUUGUCUUUCUUGCCUCUGCAAAAAAAUCAUCAGCACAUUUGUACUUUCCCUACUUGUAGCUCUGAGGCUUCCACAGAGGCAGGUUUGAGGUCAGGUUAAAAUUCCUCAUGCGACUUUGUUAAGCGAUUUUUUUGUUGUUGUUGACAACGUUAUAGUGGGGUCGGCAAUGUCCUCAGUUGGUCUCCCUCUGACUUGAUGUUCAGUGCUUCUCAUGAACAUCCGAUUGCAGAAUCAACAAACUUACUGCAAAAGUAAUUGAGUACCACUCACAAAUUUGCCCAGUUCUCUCCCAGAUGCUGCUAGCUCCUCACUGACCCUGCCUUUGUCCAGCCUUUUCCCUCUUACUCUCCUUUUAUUUUUUAAGCAAUACUUUGUGUACUGUGGGCCCUUUCUUUUAUUGCCUGUCCAGUGACCUCAGCGGUUCAUGCCCAGUUGUGUUUUUUUGGCUUCUGUUCCAUCGUGCGUCACGGACGAGAUGGGGGCAUGAUAUGAAGGGAUUGCGCAGUUUUUUUGUACAGAUGAUAUUUUGUUGCCAAGGAAGAUCACUUUAUACCAUUAAAUGUUUGUAUUUUAUA